AUGGGGACUGAAGAGUCUAAGGAUCCAUUGAAAGGAGUGGAUUGGAAAGCGAUAGGCACGGAGCUUCAAAACGACCCAAGUGCUGGAACAAAGCAAGCUGUAAAGAAGCGGCUUCCCAAGAAAAUUAGGCAAAUCCCCGAGAGCUAUUUCCUUCCUAGAAUGUCUUGGCCCUCGGCGAUCGGCUUCUAUGGAGCAUGCAUUGUUGGUGGGGUUGGUGCUGGCAUGCUGGUGGAGAUGUGGAUAAACAAGAAAGUCAAAGGUUUGUUGAUCUUCUUCAUCACUCAGUCACCUCUCAUAUAA